UUUGGAUCUCCACGUCUCAUUUCCUCUGAGUUUCACGUGUGGUUUCCAGAAUUUUUUUUUUUUUUUUUUCACACGUGUGUUUCUUCUUCAUCUUCCUUCUUGAUUUAUCCGAAAUUGCGGCAAGUUGACUGUGGAGCUAAGGAGUGGCUUAGGAGUAAGCUCCUGAGCUCCUAAUUUCGGUGGCAGAAAUGAAAUCUGUUCAUUUCUCGCACCUCUCACCUCCAAUUCGUGCCUUCAACCCUAAUAAUCAUACUUCUUCAUCAUCUUUUUCUUCUUCUUCAAUCACUCUUCUCCAGCGCUGUAAAUUCAGCUCUGUUUCUCUCACCUCCACUUCCAGGCCCUCCCGCUCAAUCACGCUUUGCGCUACCAAUUCCACCAAAGCGACGUCGUCGUCGUCGUCCCAGUUCGAAUCGGCGGCAGCGGAGGGCAUAAAGGAGGCUUCUUUUCAGGUUCAAAUCGACGCUUCGCAAAGUCCGUGGAAUGUGGAAGUCGGAAAACCUAGCGUUCCGUCUCCGUCGGUGGCCAAAUUGAGCUUGAGCGACCAGGCUUUCUUCCUCUUGGCCUUCGUCGCCUGCACGACUUCUGUGGCAUUUACGAGCCUUGUAAUUGCAGCUGUCCCGACACUAUUUGCAAUGGGGAGAGCUGCAAUAUCUCUUUCGAAGCUGGCGGAUACAGCUCGUGAAGAACUCCCCAGUACUAUGGCUGCCAUUAGGCUUUCGGGCAUGGAAAUAAGUGAUCUUACGCUGGAACUGAAUGAUCUAAGCCAAGAGAUCGCUGAGGGGGUCAGCAAAUCCACUCAAACUGUUCAAGCAGCAGGAGCUGGGAUUCGGCAGAUUGGUACACUCGCACAGCAGCAGACUAUGUCAAUGAUACAAGAGAGGGCGAGCCUGCCCAUCAUCUCUUUGCAACCAGCUGUUGUUGGAGCAGCAAAGAAGACUACUCGUGCUGUUGGCCAAGCCACCAGGAUCUUCAUGAAUAUAAUAUCUCCAAAGGACUCGGAAAAAGUCAAUGAGGAGGACGUUGAAAUUGAUAGGGUGGAACUUUAAGUUUGCUGCACUUAUAACCAGUAGCCAUUUUUUCACGAACUUUGUGUGCAUAAUACUUGUACAGUUUUCAGAGCAUGUGGAACGACUUAAUUAUUUGUUAUUGGAAAUGUCCCGGAGUUGGGGAUAAGCAGUGAAGAUAAAAUUGCCUCCUUUGAAGUCCUAAGCUCCCAUUGCAGCGGUGGUCCAAUUGUUCGUAUUGAAGUUGUCAAAGGAGUAAGAAGUUCCUAAGCUCCUAUUGGAAAUGUGGUCUUUUUCUAAUGUAAGAUUUCUAUAUUACCUUUCCAAAGUUAUGAGGUUGACCAUUAAAUUUAAUGUUGAUAGAAUCUUUGAUUUAUAUCUUUUGAACCUUUACCUAAGUCGAGUGUCAAGGUAAGCAUGUUGAAAUUAGAACUACAAGGAUAAAUAUGAUAUCGAUUCGAAA